AUGAAGCUUGAAGAAAAGUGUGGGGACAAUAGGAUCCCUGUGGGAAGGGGUCAGCCUCACCUGGGUGAGACGCAGCAGGCAAACGGGAAAGCAGGCGCAGCCGCAGGUGCGGGCGCUGAGGUCUGUGCGAAGCAGGAGGCCAGUGGGAAGCGGGCCGUGCCCGGCAGAAGCCUCAACACGUACAGCUGGCAGGAGGUGCAGAGACACAACCGGGAGGCCGACCAGUGGCUGGUCAUCGACCGCAAGGUUUACAGCGUAACUGGCUGGGCAGACAGGCACCCAGGUGGGCGCCGGGUCCUCAAGCACUAUGCGGGGGAAGACGCCACGGAUGCCUUCAGGGCUGUACACCUGGACCUUGACCUUGUGCAGUUGUACCUUAAACCACUGCUCUUUGGAGAGCUUGCUGCAGGAGAGCCCAGCCAGGAGAGAAACAAAAACCUGAGUGAGUUGAUUUCAGAUUUCCAAGAAUUGCAGAAGAAUUAGAGGCUAGAUGCCAACCUGGGGGUCUUCUUCCUUCACUUAGCCCGGGUCCUCACUUUGGAAGUCCUGGCUUGGCUAAUCCUGUAUCAGUUUGGCAGUGGCUGGCGUGUUACAAUACUCAUUUCCUUUCUUCUCACAAUUUCUCAGGUAAGUUCAGUGUGCACUUUGCAGCAUGAUAAAGGGCACUGUUCUACAUUUAAGAAGUCCAAGUGGAACCAUCUGUUGCACAAAUUUGUGAUGGGCCAUCUCAAGGUACAGAAUGUCAAGGAGUCUGAUGGGGAUUCUUGA